GUUUGCUCAGUUAUAUGGUCGACGAAUGAGCUUCAUCAAGAUGUCAGCAUUAGAAGCGGCGAUUUCAUAUUCUCUGAGAUCCCUUUUGUAUAGUAUUGUCGCACUGGUACUAGGCAUUCUCGUUUACCUUAUCCAAAAUGAGUUCACUCGAUAUCGAAGUAGGAUAAAGAAUCUUCCCGGCCCCCGCGGGUGGCCCGUCGUCGGGAACCUCUUUCAGCACCGUGAAGUCAUCCCGGCGGAAACGUAUCGAAAAUGGUCUUUCAAAUACGGACCAGUUUUCCAAGUCCAGCUUGGUAACACGACGGCCGUCGUGGUUAACUCAACACGGGCGGCCAAACAACUAUUUCUGGGCCAAAGCCAUGCGAUGAACUCGCGACCGACAUUUUACGUCUUCCAUAAGAAAGUCAGCAAGGCCGUAACCAGUAUUGGCACCAGCCCUUGGGACGAUAGCUGCAAGCGGCGACGAAAGUUAGCCGCGGGCGCACUCAACCGAAACCGAGUCUCAGCUUAUACACCGAUCCUCAAUCUCGAAGCUCGCGAGUUUUUGAAGGAUCUGUAUUCGGCGUGCCGCGAUGGCGCCGUCGAGAUCGACUUCCGCCCCGCUGUCAAGCGUUUCUCAUUGAACUUGAGCUUGACGCUGAAUUACGGGACCCGAGUCUCGAGCGUCAAGUCACUGACUGAUGAUCCGCUUCUCUCUGAGAUCAUCUAUGUCGAAGGCGAAAUUUCGAAGUUCCGGGACACCGGCAAAAAUUACGCUAAUUACAUCCCCUUACUCCGGUAUUGGGAGCCCAUAGCCCAAUUUCUAGGCUUGGAAGCACAACCGAAAAAUCAUGCUGCGGAUAUUGGCCGUCGCCGGUUAGAAUACAAUAAUAUUCUUCUAGAGAAGUUGAAGGAGGAGGUGCAGAGGGGCGAAGACAAGCCCUGUAUUCAGGGGGCGGUGUUGCGGGACCCUGAGUCCGCGACGUUGACGAGGGAAGAACUUAUAAGUGUUAGCUUGAGCAUGAUGGCGGGCGCCGAUUCGAACCAACCCACCCUCUCUUGGGCUUGUCUCCUCCUUGCGCACCGACCGGAUAUACAAGGAAAAGCUUAUUCCGCGAUCCGAGACGCCGGUGUCCUCGGAUUAUCUUCUAACGCUUACGCUUCGACGAAAGUCGAGUAUAUCGACGCUCUGACGAAGGAAAUUUCGCGUUACUUCGUAGUGUUGAAACUAGCUCUUCCCAAAGCCACCUACACUGACGUAGCCUGGGAGGGUGCCACGAUACCUGCGAAUACACUUGUAUUCUUGAAUUCAUGGGCUUGCAACCGAGAUCCGGAACUCUUCACCGAGCCAGACACGUUCGCCCCUGAGCGCUGGUUACCUAAUGCUCCGAGCCCACAUGCCCACCAAUAUGCCUUCGGAAUAGGCGGACGCAUGUGUGUGGCGUCGCAUCUUGCCCACAAUGCGCUAUAUACUGUCUUUUUACAUCUAAUCGCGCAUUUCCGCAUUUUGCCCGCUGAGGAGGAAACAGUGGAGGCGAUUGAUCCGCUCAAGGGGUUGAAAGGGAUGACGUUUGUUGGGACACCGCGGGGUUGGCGGGCAAGAUUCGUUCCAAGGGAAGGUGAAAAGCUAGCUACUUGGUUAGACAAUCCAGAUAGUUGA